CCAGUGUGGCCUGCAUUACCGGAGAGCUGACGGUCACCUGGAACAUCUCGGUUCCUUCGGAGAACUACACCACCAUCAUCUCCAGAGGGAUGGGCCAGCCUCUGCACUGUAACUCUACAGGGACUCAGUGCACCACAGGAGGGCUGAUGUGUGGAAGCUCCUACGUGGUGACGGUCUUCUCCGUCACCGAGACGUGCUUCAGCCUGCCCAGCCCAGAGGUCACGGUGCAAACAUUGCCGUGUCCUCCCACCAACGUCACAGCUGCUCACACGUGUGCUCCACAUCCUGCCGCCGUGUCGUGGGUGGCCAGCGACAGCGCCAAACGCUACACGGCCGUCGCUGUGGGCAGCAGAGGUCACAGGUCGGAGUGCAGAAGCAAUGAAACUUCCUGCAGCCUUCCUGGGCUCCAGUGUGGGGAAGUUUACACUAUCGGUGUUUCAGGAGCUGAUGACAACUGUACAGGCCAACAGAGUGACACUGUCUCUCUGAGUACAGAGCCGUGCACUCCCACCAACGUUUCCAGCCGGCUGAUCUGUAGCACCGGAGCCGCUCAGGUCUUCUGGGCCUCCAGUGCGAACGCGGCGAGCUACUCUGUGAAAGCCACCAGCAACGGACAGACCCUCACCUGCAACAGCUCCAGCCCCAACUGCACACUGAGUAACCUGGACUGCGGUGAAGCUUACGAUAUUCUGGUGGCGGCGUCUGAUGGCACCUGUGUUAGCAAAUACAGUGCCCCCUUCAGGCAAGACCAAGUACCGUGCGCUCCGGGAAACGUCACUACAAACCUCUUGUGUGGCACCAGCGACUUAACCGUCACCUGGAUCCCUGCUGCCGAGCCUCUCAACUACAGCGCCGUUGCUCAACCGCUGACUGGAAACAUCAGCUCGGUCACCUGCCACACUGACGGUGCCGCCUGCGUUCUGAGCGGCCUUCAGUGUGGACAGACUUAUAAUGUUUCUGUCAGAGCCUCCUCUGGCAGCUGCAGCGGACCAUACAGCCCCCCACAGACUGUUCAGACAGCAACCUGCUCCCCUCAGAGCUUAACAGCACGGACAGACUGCGGCACAAACUCUCUUCUGGUUUCCUGGAACGCCUCUCUUGGUGCUGCUGCCUACACAGUAGCAGUUACAGGCCCCAAUGGCUACUCGGACACCUGCUCCUCAUCCAAUUUCACGUGCUCUUUUGCUGGCCUGCAGUGUGGCAGUCAGUACGAUGUCACAUUAACAACCCAGGACAGCCACUGCACCAGCUCUCCCAGUCAAACUGCUGUGGUGACAGCACCGUGCGACCCAGUCAACGUGACCAGCGUCCUGCAGUGUGGCUCGGAUGCAGCCACAGUGUCCUGGGCUGCAGCUGCCGGAGCUGUGGCCUACACUGUUCACGCUCGAGAGGGCGGCUCCCAUCUUGAUAUUUCCUGCAGGAGCAACACGACUUCGUGUCAGCUGAACCAGUUGCAGUGUGGAAAAGUUUACAGCCUGACCGUGAUGGCCGAGGACGCCACCUGUAACAGCACUGGAGCAACCGGAGCAGUCCUAAUGACAG